UAAGAGCCAAGCCCGAAGUCUCACAGCAGCCUGGAGGGACGUGGGGCAAUAAUGACCAUUUACAGAGCAUCUUCAGUGUGAAAGGCCCACGGAAGACACUUUACAAAAACUGCCUCCUGCACUCACAACACUAACCCUGCAAGUCUCACCCUGACUUGCUGUGGACUAUGUUUCUAAGUAGAAGAAUGAAAGGAAUGCAAUACCAUGAUGACAGAAUUUGAUAGAGCAAGCAAGCGGCAAAGCUUCCUGAUUUAGCAUGUUAAAAAAUAAGGGUCAUUCACCUAAACGAGAGAACUUAGCAGUCGCUGCAGUUGCUCUACAAGAUCACAUUUUACAUGAUCUUCAACUGCGGGAUCUUUCAGUGGCUGAUCAUUCUAAGACAAAGGUACCGAAGAGAGAGAACACAUCCAAGUCUCUGAAAAGAAACACGAAAGCUGUAACAGAUCCAGGACUUCCAAAGACCACACAAGGCCCCAGAGAGGAAGACCCAGAAAAGGAGUAUGUUCUUGAUCCAAAGCCGCCUCCAUUAACUUUAGCGCAGAAGCUGGGCCUGUUUGAGCCUCCCCCAUUGCCACUCUCCUCAGAUGAGUGGGAGCAGGUGAAGCGGAGGUCCGUCUCGCAGGGGGACUCCUCGCAGCCCUGCCCGAUCUGCAGGGAGGAGUUCCAGCUCCGGCCUCAGGUGCUGCUUUCAUGUUCCCACGUGUUUCACAGGGCGUGCCUUCAGGCCUUCGAGAAGUUCACAAGUAAGAAGACCUGUCCCCUCUGCAGGAAAAGCCAGUAUCAAACCCGAGUGAUCCACGACGCGGCCCGGCUCUUCAAAGCCAAGUGUGCAAUCCGGAUCCAAGCUUGCUGGAGGGGACACGUGGUUAGGAAGUGGUACCGGGAUCUGAGGAGGACGCUGCCGCCCACAGACGCCAAGUUGAGGAGAAAAUUCUUUGAAGAAAAGUUCACAGAGAUCAGCCGGCGCAUGCUCUGCUCCUACCACACGGACAUAGACGAGCUCUUCGCUGAGAUCGACCACUGCCUGGCCGUCAACCGCAGCGUCCUGCAGCAGCUGGAUGGGCAGUGUGGCCGCAGGCUCACGGACGACGACUGGCAGGAGAUCCAGGCACAGGCCCUGCAGCGGGAGGCCUCCGAGUGCUCCAUCUGCCUGGCGCCGCUGGCGGGGAGCGGCGGCCAGCGCCCCCGGAAGACCGUGCUCCUGUCCUGCUCCCACGUGUUUCACCACGCGUGCCUGCUGGCCCUGGAGCAGUUCUCCUGGGGAGACAGCUCGCCCUUCCACGCCUGCCCCCUCUGCCGCGCUUGCUACCAGAAGAAAAUUCUUCCCGGUUGAAUUUCAUGGUCAGGGAAAAGCUGCGCGUUCUGGGGCAACGUCUGCCUUAACUCGGACAGAUGGUGGGGGUUUGGGUGAAGUGCUGCAGCGCAAUUUGUGCUCCAGGGAAGGACCCUUAGCAGGUGUGCAUGGGAAAUAUAACUAUAUUUUAAAAGCUGACAACUCA